GAUCAAAAAAAUUCAAGAUUUGGAUACAGAUGCUUACUACCAAGAAAACGUUCACUUAUCCAACGAAAAGAGUCAAUUAAAGCAAGUAAUUUCGGUGACAGAAACAUUCAAUACCUUCAGCAAGACCUUCCCGUCACAGUAUACGACGCUCUUAAAUUUUUAUGGCAUGGCAAUGAUACAGUUACUGAUGACGAUCAGGAUCAGAUGCUUGACUACCAAGAAACGUCACGUACCCAACGAGAAGAGUCGAUUAAAGAAAGUAUAUCUCAAAAAGGUCUGUUAAUUUAG